UUCAUAGCACGGGGACAUCUUAAAUCUGGAGCCAAUCAAUAGAGAUCAUCAAGAGGCAGAAGGAGGAGAAGAGUCGCGAGGUGGGGGAGCGGGGGGGUUGAGUGGGGAUGGGAGGAGUGUCACACCUCCUCCUCCUCCUCCUCAAACAUCUUUCCGUGCGUGGAGUAGGAGCAGCAAAAGUGCACCAACCCGAGAGGAAGAAGCGAUGAGGGACACGGAGGUGGGGGCGAGAUACAAACCGGAGCCACCUCCAAAAAAAAAAAAAAAAAAAAGGCGCGCAUUCAUUCAUCUCAGCCUGACCGAGGACAGCAUGCCAAGCGCCUUCACACUCCAGCGGCUCGGCUCGGUCCAAAACAUCCCACGCCCCUCCCGCUCUCUUUUUCUUUCUUUCGCACAUGUGCGCAUAUAGUUCUCAUCCCUACUCCUCAUGUGCACACUUGCGAGUGAGUAGCAAGGGGGGGGGGGGUGUGAAGCGAGGAGGGCGCGAGGAGCGAGGCUGUCCUCACCUGCGCCCGACUUUGACGCACUCCGGGACGCCACCGCGGGGGCGGCGACGCGAGGCGGCCGUCACAUGGGCCCCGAGCCCCGCGAGUCCCCCGGGAUGGCGUGCGGCGCCUGUUACUACCUGGUGAUCAGCUCCACGCAUCUCAGCAACGGACACUUUCGGCGCGUCAAAGGGGUCUUCAGGGGGCCGCUUUGCACCACAGCCGUGUGUGAGUCACCGGAACGUGCCGAGAGAGCGUUGGGCUGCUCAGUGGAGGAUCUGAAGUCUCUUUUCUACUGCGAGCUGUGUGACAAGCAGUAUCUGCGCCACCAGGAAUUUGACAACCACAUCAACUCCUACGACCACGCGCACAAACAGAGGCUGAAGGAACUGAAGCAGAGGGAGUUCGCUCGCAACGUGGCCUCAAAGUCGUGGAAGGACCAACGCAAGCAAGAGAAAGCUCUCAGACGCCUGCACCAGCGGGCGCAGCUGCAGCAGGAACGCCAGCGGAGCCAAGGAAGGACUUACGAGCUCCGGAGCGCCGUCAGACUCGUUAGCCAGCAGCAGGACCGGAACGCGGAGCACAAAGCCCACAGCCCUUUGGAGAAAUUUGCACCCUUCAAACACUCAGACAGGCCCCCGGCCAAACACACCGGUGCAUCGCCGCUGAGCCGCCAACGAGAAAAUCCAUGCCGGCCUCCCUCCCGAACACCACCGGCCGCUCCGGCAGCGUCCCGGCCAAUCACUCAUCCAGAGCGCGAUAAAGGUCCGGCUGCAGUCAAUCAGCGGCCUGGUGCGGGCUGCCAGCUGCCUCUGGAGGGGCGGGGGCGAGCCGGGGGCAGGCGCGGGGUGUCCUUCUGUUUCUCGCGCAGGGGGCCCCGGCUGGAGCCCUGCGCCUCGGUUUUCUCCGACCAGGAGGAGGAGGAGAGAGAGAGGCGGCAGCAAAUGAGGGAACGGAUUAAGGGCAUUUUGGAAGACAUAGAAAGGGAAAUUGAGGGUGUUGGUCGAAGCGAUACCGGAGGAAAUUGCGGAGGGGACGCGGAAAUAAGGGAGGAUGUAAAAAAUAAUCAGAGCAGCGAUUUGACACGGCCGGCGGCGUCCCACGCGGGUAGCGGGACGGACAUAAAGCAGACGUCAGGAGCAGCGGUCGGCGAGCACAUGUCCGUUUUGGGUAAAGAUGGCGCCACAUGUGUUCGAUGGCCGGUCAGUUUGCUGAAGUUCACCAAGUGUGAGCCUCGCAUCUCUUACAGCUGCAACCCCAACGCCACGAACCGACGCGACGCGCAAGAUCGGCCGGGCGAGUUCCCGGAUGAGACCAAUCCGAGCCCCGUGCGCGAGACGGAGAAAGCUGAGGAGGACGUCAAGGCAGACGCACACCUGUUUGUCGAGAACAAAAACCUUUCGCCGUCAGGGGGAGGAUCAGAGGGGGCGACACGCAUGCUAAGUAUAGAGCAUCGUGUGAGGGCGCCCUGCUUUCCGUUUGACCUCACUCAUAGUGACAGCUCUGACACAACCCCCCCGACUCCUCGGGGAGACAGAUUAACAGGCGCAGGGGGGAUCGGCGGGAAAGCCAUCUCAGCCCUAAACUGUGAAUUAGAAUCUGUCGCUGAGCCUGGCACACGCGGGAUAGGCGUCGGCCCACCCAGGUGCGAGAGCGACGGCGAAUCCGCGUGCGAGCGUGCCGGGGAUCCCCGUUCGCAAAGGGGUGUCUCGCGCAGAAAGAGUAAACAGAGCACAAAGAAGCCCAAGUUGGGGAAGAGAAAGAAGGGUGAAAAGCGGAAGGCCGCAAAUAGGCGCCAAUCGCUGAGGUGUAAAUUGAGGAGCGUCGUCUCGGCGGUCUCCAACGUGGGCGCCGGAGGAGCCGAAACUGGAGGGAGUUGGGUAGAGAAAAGGGGACGACGGGAGACGGAGGCAAGAAAGAGGGCGGCUGAGACCGAGUCAGUUUACGUCUCCGUCGGGGAGAAGGCGCCUCGCACGAGCCGCCGCUCGGCAUCCCAGGUCCUGCCGGGCGGAGGACAGGCCCGACGCUUCCUCGCCUCCCCGCGGCUCUCCAGACACACUCCUGACGCGGAAAGGGGGACCUUUCCCCCGAGAUCUCGCAGCUCCUCACGCGCUUUCUCGCCGGGAUGUAACACAAAGCUGUUUUGGGAAUCGGGUCUCCAUGGCAACCCCAGGAGUUUCAUUGACUGCAGUUACCCUGACAACAGCUGUGGUGACAGCCCGGCGAGGAAGCGAAAACUCCUCCACGGGGACAGAAGAUUUAUUCGUGGUAACAGAAGUAAUUUGAGAUGCCAUGAGGGGACAGACAGGGGGAGGGAAAGGGGGACGCAGAUAGCGUCCAAAGACAGAGGUCUACCGUCGGAACAAUGGGAGUGGAGUGGGGAGAAUGGUAGGCCGAAUCCGGGAUGGAGAUGGCCAAACAAGACGAUGGGGUGGGAAUGGGGGAUGAGGUCCAGCCCAAGUCCAAGCAGCAGGGAAAUGACGAGCAGGCGAGCAAACACAGAAGAUAUAGAUUGGGACAAGUGGACAUUGGGAAGCAGUGACAGCUGGGAAGAAAGGGGGACAGGCAGGUCCACUUCAGGUUGUAGAACCGGUCCUGACGGGAGGUGGAGCCCUAGCUGUUGGAGGGGGCCUGCGGGGACGGGGCGCGCAAACUUUAGGUACGAUGCUAGCCCCGAAUGGUGGACGAGCAGGCGGAGGUACAGCCCGCCGGCGAGGGCGUGGAACGCGUACGAGUCCAGCAGAAGUCACAGCCCGCGUUCCUGCAGCCCGAGUAGCGGCAGCAGCGUUUCUGAACUCAGCUGGGAGUGGAGCAAGAGCAGCACGUGCUCAGGUAUGACGUGUAGGCGGCUCCCAUCCGAGGCCAAGACGGAAAGUGACCUUAGCAUCGAUGCUGGAGAAUCUUCAUCGGACCCCGACGCACAUCACAGUGACAGCAACACGUUUCAGCCCGAAGGGACCAAGUCACAAUUUCACAGUGACCACGGACAUCCCGCCUCUGUGACCCCAAACACCAUCAGCCCACGCCAGACUGAUGCCGUACCCCUAAAAUCAGCUCGGACUUCACUGCUCCCGCUCAUCGGGAAGCUCCCCGCGAUCCAGAAAAAGGUGAGAAGGAGAAAAGAACAGUUGGAGAGGCUUCAGAAAGAGCUCGGAGACGAGGAGGUGAGUCAGAAAUCGAACGGCGGACGUCCUUCGGGCUUGGCUGAGUCAAACCAAAGCGGGACACCAAAUCUGUCUCCAGAUGAGAUUAGGACCGAUGACAAGGAGGCGGCUGGAGGCGGAGCGCAGCCGAUCAGCUUUAGCGCUGAGGAGAUGGGCAAGUAUCGACUCCUUCAGGAACAAGCCAGAGAGCACAUGCAGAAAGUUCUAGAACAGAGUGAAGAGAGUGCGGAGGUGCCCGUGGAGAUAAACUUCACUUGCGGCACACAGAUGGACGAGUACGAGACUUUAGAGGACAGCUACCUGCUUGCACCGUCACUCGACCCACCGCAGGACCCUCACGCAAUACAAAGAGGUCACAACCCCCUCGAAAGACUUUUACACGUGCAGCCGCAAGAGGAUUUCACACAGCCGGUGGCUUUGGCCGUCCCCAACCUCCCUCCCCUCGCGCUGACCCCCCCUUUGGCCAGCCUCCACCAUUUCGUUUUGCAGCACUCGGCCUUCUCCGCCUCGCGGCCCUCCCCCGACGUCCGGCUAGCCCACUCGCUCGCCCACCGCCCGCCGAGCUUACCGGAUUACCUUCGCCCUUCCCCCGUCCCGCUCUCAUCCCUCUUCCCCUCCAUCCUCCUCGCUCACCACGCCGUCCCGUUCCUCCCUCCCCCGCCUCUCUCGCCGCUGUCCGCCUUCCAAACAAACCACCUCACGCCGCUUUCCGCGCUUGCCCUGCAGCCUCCCCGCAAUCCGCAGCCUUUCUUGGACGGGCCGUGGCCGGCGAAGUUCCGCCAAAAGGCCUUGUGACGGUCGCAGGUUCUGCAAGCCGCGUUUAUUAAUUGACCCGCGCAAACGAGAUCUCGCUUCCGGAAAUGGGGUUGUACCUCGCGCCGCUGUCGGAUUAAUCCGAGCUCCUCUCCGCGCGCGGUGCGCCCCGCCCCCCAUUGACCGCUUUCAAUUGAAAACGGCUUUCUCCAUUAAUUCCCCGCCGCGCGGCAGCCGACGGUGGGACAAGCGACUUUGAUCAUUUCCUUUCUCCGUCGGUUCAGCUUACAAUAAAGAGAAAAGGCGCACCUGCUAUUC